AGUUGUAAAAGAAGUGCCGGGGUGACUGGAUGUUAUUCAUAUUCCGCAGGAAUCUCGCCGCGUGUUUCUUGUGCUCUGACUCGGAUCUGUUGUGUGCUGGAAAAAUCUCCAAUAAUUCGGGUGGAAUGUAGUUGGUGGUGGAAUUUUUCCUUCUUAAGAAGUGACUUUUUCUCCCAAACGAGGACAACUUGAGGACAACGGGGGUGUAAUCUUGGUGAAUAUCUCCAAGAAGAAUUUCCCGCGUCAACUUUUUCCAUUUUCUCUGUUCGCUAAACCUCCCCCAGGGAAAUCACUCUUUAGCUGCCUGUGGAUAAUUUAUUGAAAACAUCGUGAAUAAUAGUAGCAACGGUUCAACAAACACAAUAUACAUAAAUCUAUAUGUGAGACGCAUAUUUCCAAUAUACAAAAUUGGGAAUUACUAAAAAAAAACUGUGACUUAUCUUUUUCACGUACAGCACAUUAAUCUACAAUUUGCACAAAUUGGAGAAUAAUUCUUCUCUGUCAUGGUUGAUGGAAGCGAGUAGCAAAAAACAAGCUCAAAAAGAAAAUCAACAGAGAAAAAUCAAAAACGUGGUAAAUGUAAAUUCUGACAAAUGAGAAUUUUAUUAAUGUAUUGUAAUGUGUAAUGGACUUUUUGCGUCUGAGAAUCUCACGGCAGUGAUCAAAGUUUUUUCUCCUGGUGUGAUUAAAAUGAAUUUGUAUGAUUUUUGCUGCCUGAUAAGACUAUGAGUUGAGUGAGACGGUACAAAUCUAUGUACAAGAAUGUGGCUCUACGGAAAACAAGAUAAUAUUUCAAGAAGCGAGUGAUAUGUGGUCGUUUGAGCGUUUGUGAACCUAAAUCCUUAUUAUUCCUAAUGCUCCGAAAAGGCGGCCGCACGAGACGAGGCAAUUUCAUCGCCCUUCUAGACACUCUGGCAAGAUGGUCGACAAUAUUUAUGGUGCUCGGAUUUGCGAAAGAUGGAAAUGGACUAAUUCAACCACCUCAAACGACAUCAUAUGUGGCUGGAGAUAGCUCAGGAAGGAGUCCCCUUCCAGAUAUUGACACAAAUUUCCUGAAUAGUGUAAAUAGAAAUCAACUGGACCCGGUGGUUAGCUCAAAUGUGAGUGCUAGUCAAAUAAAUCACAUUAACAAGAAGGGACCACCGUCCACAAGAAUUGGUCCUACGAAUUCACCAGCCCGGACCAUUGAUAACCAAUUAACUGAAAGUGAAGACACUGCCUCCAACUUCAAUGAGACCUACUUCGGAACGGAGAAUUCAUCAACUGUAAUUUAUCAGGCUGGUUCAAUUGCAAUUCUCGAGUGUGUCGUCCGUAACAUUGGCGAGAACGUGGUAUCGUGGAUCAGGAGGAAAGGGAAAGACUAUCAUCUUUUAACGGUUGGCUUAACAACAUACAGUGGUGAUGAGAGAUUUAGUGCAAUUCAUCCGUUGGAUUCUGAGGACUGGACCCUUCAGAUCAAAUUUGUGACCACGACGGACGCUGGAGUGUACGAGUGCCAGGUCUCCACCCAUCCGCCAAUAUCAAUCUUCACACACCUUCAUGUUGUUGAGGCACGAGCUGACAUAGCUGGCCCACAGGAAAAAUACCUAAAACCUGGUUCAACACUUCGUUUGGUCUGUCGAGUCCUUCAGAGCACUGAGCCACCGCUGUAUUUGUUCUGGUAUCACAACAAUCGGAUGAUAAACUACGAUACACAUCGUGGUGUUAAUGUGUCCACAGAUGCAGAUAAUCGCCACUCUGAGCUUCUAAUACUGCAGACAUCACUAUCAUACUCAGGAAAUUACUCCUGUGUACCCAACAAUGCAAUAUCAGCCAGUGUACUCGUCCAUAUAUUGAAUGGUGAAAAUCCGGCCGCAAUGCAACAUGGGGAGCACAAUGGAGCCAUGGAGAGUGUCAAGUGGACUUGGAUGGCGACAUCGGUGAUAACUCUUCUCGUACUUCAUCUCCUCUUUGGGAAAUCAAUAUGAAAAGUGUGUCUUUUUUCAGUGGUUUACUUUCCGUGAGGACAGUGUUUUUAAGUUUUUAAAGUAGCAUAAACACUAAAGUGAAUAUUGUUUCGGACAGUGAAUCAUUGAUAAAGAUUACUCAAUGGAAACCACUUAUAAUUGACUGAAGAGAUAUUCAUAAAAAGAAAUAAAUGUUUAAGGAAAU